AUGGUUUUCUCCAUUCCAUCAAAGCCAUUCUUGUGGACUUCACCUUCUGAUGUACCUGACGUCAUUGGAAGGUUGGCCGAGCUUGGUGAGGUGCAAACUAAGCACAUUCGUGGUUAUGCCAAUCAAGUGAUGGAGAUCGUCCUUGAGGAUCUUGAGCAACACUUACAAAAAACCUCCAACUGUGGUGAUUCUUCAAAUGUGUCGUGCAAAGAUAUGGGAGAGUUAUCGUGGGAAGAUUGUAACAUAACAAUCUCAACUUCAUACAAUGCCACGAGGGUAGAGACUGGAGUUCUUGUGCCACAAAUCCAAGCCUACAAAGAUAGGUAA